CCUGCAGUCAACAGCCUCCCUGCAGUCAACAGCCUUUCACUCAUCAGUACGCCUGCCCAAGAUGUCCACGACCAUCGCGCCCUUCCCCAAAGACUCGAGCAACGGCUUCAGCAUCGUGGUCACCGCCGAGGCCAAGCCUGGCAAGGCCGACGCCUUGCUGGAAAUAUUCCAGCGCGUUCGUUCCGUGGUCUCGGCCGAGCCGGAGUGCGUCCUCUUUGAGCUGUUCCGAACCGACGAGAACCCAAACAAACUUGUGUGGUUCGAGACCUGGACCUCUACUGUCGAAUGGUUCAUGCAGGACCAGAUAACAAAGCCGUACAUGAAGGCGUACGAAAAGGAACUUGAGCUUGGUGACAUCCUCGUUGGGGGGAGAGAUAUUAAGUUCCUCGAGCGAGUACCUGCCACGCAGUCUUGAGAGCGUUGGGACUGGAGCCAAUUGUGCUGAAGUGGCCAUGUAUAGUAUGAAAUGGGAUGGAGAGCUGCCCUGGGUUUAAACGUGGAUUAAUCUGAUUGCACUGCUCGCCCGAGUGCGACAGUCGCAUUGCUUAUAAAGCACAGCCACCGCCAAUAAACGACUUCGGUCAUGUCGGGACUUCCCCUUCGGUGUGCCCGGCGCGUUAGAGUGAGGUACCAUUCGGGCCGUCUG